ACCGCAAACAGAAGGGAACGCGGGCGGGGUCCAUCUCUCUCUUAGCUCUUCGCAAUCUGCGGUCAGCGCAUUUGCUUGGCUGCGAGCCCAGCGUGUCCUUAGGGCGCGGAGGUCGCUGUGCGGUUCCCGGCGCGGGGCGCGGGGCUCUGCGCACUGGGCUGGACUCCCGGGCUCAUACCCGAGCGAGCAUGGCGGGGCAGCGGGCGCUGCUGCUAGCCGGCUUCCUUCUGCCUGGCUUCCUGCUCUCAGAGGCCGCCAAAAUUCUAACUCUGUCUUUGGUGGGUGGAAGCCAUCAUCUACUGCUGGAUCGGGUGUCUCAGAUCCUCCAAGAUCAUGGUCAUAAUGUCACUAUGCUUCACCAGAGAGGAAAUUCAUUUAUAUCAGAUUUUACAGAGAAAGAAAAAUCAUACCAAGUUAUUUCUUGGCUUCCACCUGAAGAUUAUAACAAAGGAUUGAAGGAGAAUUUUGACUUUUUUAUAAAAGAAGCUUUGGGUGACAGAUACACAUUUGGAAAGUUUUUAAGCUUCAUGGAACAACUGGGGCUUCAGUGCAGUCAUUUUCUAAGGAGAAAGGAUAUCAUGGACACCUUAAAGAAUGAGAACUUUGACCUAGUGAUAGUUGAAAAUUUUGACUACUGUCCUUUCCUGGUUGCUGAGAAGCUUGGAAAACCAUUUGUGUCCAUUCUCUCUUCCUCGUUUGGCGCUAUAGAUUUCGGACUACCAAACCCCCUGUCUUAUGUGCCAGUAUUCCAUUCCCUCCUAAGUGACCACAUGGACUUCUGGGACAGAGUGAAGAAUUUUCUGAUGUUCUUUGAUUUCUCCAUAAGACAAAGGCAAAUCCAGUCUGCAUAUGACAACACCAUCAAGGAACAUUUUCCAGAAGGCUCUAGGCCAGUUUUGUCUCAUCUUCUAAAGAAAGCAGAGCUGUGGUUUGUUAACUCUGACUUUGCCCUUGAAUUUGCUCGGCCCCUGCUUCCCAACACUGUGUAUGUUGGAGGCUUAAUGGCCAGACCUGUUAAACCAGUGCCACAAGAAUUUGAGAAUUUCAUCACCAAGUUUGGAGACUCUGGUUUUGUCCUUGUAGCCCUGGGCUCCAUGGUGAGCAACUUUCAAGCCCAGGAACUUCUCAGGGAGAUGAACAGUGCCUUUGCUCAUCUCUCUCAAGGGGUUAUAUGGAGAUAUAAGCCAUCUCAUUGGCCCGAAGACAUCAGAUUGUCAGCAAAUGUGAAAAUUGUGGACUGGCUUCCUCAGAGUGAUCUCCUGGCUCACCCAUGCAUCCGUCUUUUUGUCACCCAUGGUGGGAUGAAUAGCAUAAUGGAGGCCAUCCAACAUGGUGUACCCAUGGUGGGGAUUCCCCUUUUUGGAGACCAGCCUGAAAACCUGAACCACGUAGAAGCCAAAAAGUUUGGUGUCUCUAUCCAGCUAAAGCAGAUCAAUGCAGAGACAUUAGCUCUGAAGAUGAAGGAAGUCAUAGAAGACAAGAGGUACAAGUCAGCAGCUGUGGCCGCCAGCAUCAUCAGGCGCUCCCACCCCCUGACUCCUGCCCAGAGGCUGGUGGGCUGGAUCGACCACAUCCUCCAGACAGGGGGUGCGGCACACCUCAAGCCCCGUGCCCUGCAGCAGCCAUGGCAUGAGCAGUACCUGCUGGACGUCGUCUUGUUCCUGCUGGUGGUCACCCUGGGCACCCUGUGGCUCUGUGGGAAGCUGCUGGGCAUGGUGGCCAGAUGGGUGUGUGGGACCAGGAAGCUGAAGAAGGCCUGAUGGAGGUGCAUCCAUGAGGGGUAUUCGGGGAGCCACUGGAUGUAGAAGGCUUUCCCCAGCACAGGACACCCCUGGUGUCUUCCCCAUAUUGGCACUUGAAGAUGGCACACAAAUUGCUCUUCACAAUUUUCUGCUUCUGUUUAGAAAUUCUUGUGAAGUGCUCUUGGGGGGCUUUCAAAAAAAUUGUGGUAAAAAAUACAUCACAUGAAAUUGACCAUUUUAGUCAUUAAGUAUAGAGUUUAGUGGCAUUAAGUACGUUCAUAUUGUGGUUUAAACAAUAUUACUAUCCAUCACCAGAACUUUUCACCUUCCCUAACUAAAACUGCACUGAUUAAAUCAUAACUCCCCAUACUACUCCAUUCCGCCACCCUUGGCUCUUGGCAAAUCCAUGUUCUACUUUCUGUGUCUAUGAAUUUGAUCUCAGGUGUCUUAAUUUACCCCUCAUCAAUGGACUCCUUACUCAGACUCAAGCCUUCAGCAGACAGCCCCCACCUUCCUCUCCACUCUCUGUUCCUAGACACAAUAACACCCUGCCUAGUCAUCCUGUUGUUCCCUGAAAGGGAGGUAUAUGCACAACUAACUUCAAAGGCCAAAGAAGCCAUGAGACUGAAGAAAAAGGCCAACAGGUCCAGCUUGGUGAACAGUUAUCGUGGUGGAAUUUCUCAAGAUGGCCUUAGUCUGGUUCAUAUACUCACUGCCUCAGAAACUUCAAUCUCUUUCCCUCUUUCUGAUUUUUGCACUUUUCAUGAUAUAAGAUACUGGUCACUUCCUCCAUUUUGACCUAUUCUCUUGCAUCUCCUUUUCACCUCACCUCCAAGCUCAGGAAACCUGGUCUCUGUCCUGCAGUUAACCAGGCGUGGCCCCCCAGGACACUAUCUGUGGUCUCUGUCCGGAGUCCAUCCUGUGAAGAGCACCUCCUUUGCUUGUCAGACAUGGAGCCUGCCUUUGGGCCACAGCUCAUGCUGUGGUUUUCACUUCCCACAGUCCCCUUCUCAAGAUUCAUACUCUUAAAAAUGUAGUUGUGGAGACCUCAAGUGCAGAACCCAGACCUCUGUGUGAGGCUCUGGAACCUCAGGUCCAGUGCUGUGGUAAUUCCCGGAUUCUAUCGAUUUAAGAAAUCAUUAAUUUGCUAUGAUGACAGUAAUACUUGAAUCAGGUAAGAAAUAUAAAAGAUGAUAAAAUGAGGGAAACUUGAUGAGGAACAGAAUUUCAGUUUCAAAAUGUCUCCCCACAUCUUAUUUCCUAAUUAUAGGGUAAAAAAAAAAAAAGCUUUACAGUCGAGAAUCUUGGUGAACACCACCUUAAAUAAGAGAGAGUUACCAUCUCUAAUGACAGGACCAUCUGACAUCAUGUACUAACCACUGUGAUUCACUGCGAUGGAAUCAACACCACCUUUGUAGUAUUCCCACCAAACUCCCUAGUAACCUGAAGUCUGAUGAGAAGCAUCAGCCAAACCCAACUUGGGAUCCACGUACAAAAUAAGCAGCUUGUACUCUUUAAAAUAUCAAUGACAUGAAAGACAAAGAAGGGCUGAGAACCAGUCCUCAUGAAAGGAGAUGAAUAGAUGUGAUAAUGCAAUGCGUGAUCCUGGACUGGCUCCUGCACCAGCAAAUUCACAUCACAACACAGGAUAUUAAUCAAACAACUGGAGGAUUUGGAAUAAGGUUUGUAGAU